CACGUGCUAUGACAGCGGCCGGGGUGAGGCCGCUGUAGCCACCUGGGCUGUUUGGGGCUGUUUGUGGGAGGCGCCGGGGUGAUGGCGGUGGAGACUCUGUCGCCCGACUGGGAGUUCGACCGCGUUGACGACGGCUCACAGAAAAUUCAUGCUGAAGUCCAACUUAAGAAUUAUGGGAAAUUUCUUGAGGAGUAUACAUCUCAAUUGAGAAGAAUUGAAGAUGCCCUGGAUGACUCAAUUGGAGAUGUUUGGGAUUUCAAUCUUGAUCCAAUAGCAUUAAAGCUUAUACCUUAUGAGCAGUCAUCCCUCUUGGAACUCAUAAAGACUGAAAACAAGGUCUUAAACAAAGUUAUCACUGUUUAUGCUGCCCUUUGCUGUGAAAUCAAGAAAUUAAAAUAUGAGGCCGAAACUAAAUUUUAUAAUGGUCUCUUGUUUUAUGGAGAAGGAGCUACAGACUCCAGCAUGGUGGAAGGUGAUAGCCAAAUUCAAAUGGGGAGAUUUAUUUCAUUCUUACAGGAACUGUCUUGUUUUGUUACGAGGUGCUAUGAAGUGGUGAUGAAUGUAGUCCAUCAGUUGGCUGCCCUCUAUAUCAGUAACAAGAUUGCACCCAAAAUUAUAGAGACAACUGGAGUUCAUUUUCAGACUAUGUAUGAGCACUUGGGAGAGCUGCUAACAGUUUUGCUCACCCUGGAUGAAAUUAUUGAUAAUCAUAUCACACUGAAAGACCACUGGACUAUGUACAAAAGGUUACUGAAAUCUGUCCAUCACAAUCCUUCAAAAUUUGGGAUUCAGGAAGAAAAACUAAAGCCAUUUGAAAAGUUCUUGCUGAAGCUAGAAGGGCAAUUAUUUGAUGGAAUGAUAUUCCAGUCCUGUAUAGAACAGCAGUUUGAUUCUCUCAAUGGAGGAGUAUCUGUUUCAAAAAAUAGCACUUUUGCUGAAGAAUUUGCACAUAGUAUUCGCUCAAUUUUUGCAAAUGUAGAAGCCAAACUUGGAGAACCUUCUGAAAUUGACCAGAGAGACAAGUACGUUGGAAUUUGUGGACUCUUUGUAUUGCACUUUCAGAUUUUUCGAACUGUUGAUAAAAAGUUUUAUAAAUCUUUAUUGGACAUUUGUAAGAAGGUACCAGCCAUCACUCUAACUGCUAAUAUUAUUUGGUUUCCUGAUAAUUUUCUGAUCCAGAAAAUGCCAGCAGCUGCCAAACUUCUAGACAGAAAAAGUCUUCAAGCCAUUAAAAUGCACAGGGAUACUUUCCUGCAGCAGAAAGCUCAGUCACUUACAAAAGAUGUACAGUCUUACUACGUUUUUGUGAGCUCGUGGAUGAUGAAAAUGGAAUCUAUUUUAUCUAAAGAACAGAGGAUGGAUAAAUUUGCUGAAGACCUCAUCAAUAGAUGUAAUAUUUUUAUACAGGGCUUCUUAUAUGCAUACAGUAUUAGUACCAUUAUUAAAACCACAAUGAAUCUCUACAUGUCCAUGCAAAAGCCAAUGACCAAAACCUCAGUUAAGGCAUUAUGCAGGCUUGUUGAACUUCUCAAGGCGAUAGAGCAUAUGUUCUACAGGAGGAGCAUGGUUGUGGCUGAUUCAGUUUCACAUAUAACACAGCACCUUCAACAUCAGGCUCUUAAUUCUAUUUCUGUAGCUAAGAAAAGAGUAAUUUCUGACAAAAAAUACAGCGAACAGCGUCUUGAUGUACUCUCUGCUCUAGUUUUGGCUGAAAAUACUCUAAAUGGACCAAGCACAAAGCAACGACGACUUAUUAUCUCUUUGGCACUAAGUGUUGGCACACAGAUGAAAACAUUUAAAGAUGAAGAAGUCUUUCCACUUCAAGUAGUCAUGAAAAAACUGGAUCUUAUCAGUGAACUUAGAGAACGCAUCCAGACACAAUGUGACUGUUGUUUUUUAUACUGGCAUCGAGCUAUCUUCCCAAUUUAUUUAGAUGAUGUUUAUGAAAAUGCUGUUGAUGCAGCCAGAUUACAUUACAUGUUCAGUGCUUUACGUGACUGCGUACCUGCUAUGAUGCAUGCAAGGCAUUUAGAAUCCUAUGAAAUACUUCUCGAUUGCUAUGACAAGGAAAUUAUGGAAAUUUUAAAUGAGGGGCAUCUGCUGGACAAGUUGUAAGAAAUAGAGAAAGAUCUGCCUUCUGUGCAUACUCAUUUAAAGCUGGAUGACCGAAAUCCUUUCAAAGUUGGCAUGAAAGAUCUGGCUCUUUUUUUCUCUCUGAACCCAAUUCUUUUCAAUCGUUUCAUUGACAUUCGAGCAUAUGUAACUCACUACCUAGACAAAACUUUCUACAAUCUAACAACAGUUGCUCUUCAUGACUGGGCCACUUAUAGUGAAAUGAGAAAUUUAGCUACCCAGCGUUAUGGAUUGGUUAUGACAGAGGCACAUCUUCCUAGUCAGACUUUGGAACAGGGUCUGGAUGUUUUGGAAAUUAUGAGAAACAUUCAUAUAUUUGUGUCUCGAUACCUCUAUAAUCUCAACAAUCAGAUUUUUAUUGAAAGAACAAGCAAUAACAAACAUUUGAAUACUAUUUAAUAUCGGCACAUUGCUAAUUCAAUUCGAACACAUGGCACAGGAAUCAUGAAUACAACAGUUAAUUUCACCUACCAGUUUUUGAAAAAGAAGUUCUAUAUAUUUAGCCAAUUUAUGUAUGACGAACAUAUCAAAUCCAGAUUGAUUAAAGAUAUUCGAUUUUUCAGGGAAAUCAAGGACCAAAAUGAUCAUAAGUAUCCUUUUGAAAGAGCAGAAAAAUUCAAUCGAGGCAUCAGAAAACUCGGAAUAACACCAGAGGGACAGAGCUACCUUGAUCAAUUCAGGCAACUCAUCAGCCAAAUUGGUAAUGCUAUGGGCUAUGUACGAAUGAUAAGAUCUGGUGGUCUUCAUUGUAGCAGCAAUGCCAUUAGAUUUGUCCCUGAUCUUGAAGAUAUUGUAAAUUUUGAAGAACUAGUAAAAGAAGAAGGUCUUGCAGAAGAAACAUUAAAAGCAGCAAGGCAUUUGGAUUCAGUCCUUAGUGAUCACACACGAAAUUCUGCCGAAGGCACAGAAUAUUUCAAAAUGCUUGUGGAUGUUUUUGCACCAGAAUUUCGAAGGCCAAAGAAUAUACAUCUCCGAAAUUUCUAUAUCAUUGUUCCCCCUCUGACCCUCAACUUUGUAGAACAUUCCAUUAGUUGCAAGGAGAAAUUGAAUAAAAAAAAUAAAAUUGGAGCUGCUUUUACUGACGAUGGUUUUGCCAUGGGUGUGGCUUACAUUCUAAAACUUCUGGAUCAGUACCAGGAGUUUGAUUCACUUCACUGGUUCCAGUCUGUUAGAGAGAAGUACCUGAAGGAGAUAAGAGCAGUUGCUAAGCAACAGAAUGUGCAGUCAACUAGUCAAGAUGAAAAACUACUACAAACCAUGAAUCUCACGCAGAAGCGACUGGAUGUCUAUCUACAGGAAUUUGAAUUGCUCUAUUUCUCACUGAGCAGUGCAAGAAUUUUCUUCAGAGCAGACAAGACUGCAGCUGAAGAAAACCAGGAAAAGAAAGAAAAGGAAGAAGACACUAAAGCAAGCAAUGGAGACCUGUCCGACAGUGCUGUGUCUGCUGAUCCUGUUGUGAAAUGAUAUUGAUGGUAUGCAUUGCCCAUGUGAAAUCAUCAAAAUUGUGUUAAUACUGUUGCCAGUGACAUGGAGGUUUAUAAGCUAUUGAUAAAUUAUUUCCUGGGUCACAUCUCUGGAAAAUAUUUAGAUAUUGCAACUCUUUAUGGCAGUGCUCUAAAGUUAAGUCUGUUCUUAUUCCAAAGACUACUUUCCAAAGGUUGAGAAUGAGAUUGGAAAAUAGGAUUUUUCCUGGACUUUACUUGAUUUGAAGUUACAGAAGGGCAAAUCCAAAUUCCUAAACUGCCACCUCAGAUCUCUUAUAAUCUAUGUUAGCAUUUAUAAAUUGUAUUUGCAUAGGUGUUUCAUCCAUAUUUGUGUGAAGUCAUUGGAAAUUCAAUGCAUAUAGUAUGUAUAGCCAGUAAAUACAUGUUUCAAAAAAAGGAAUUCAGCCUCAAAUUUAUGAAGCAUACAUAUUAUUAUAAAAGAAAUCUAUGAAGAUGGCUUUGAUACUAGAGAUGAGGCAUAAAUGUGUUAUGCGCUCUUUAUGUACCAUAAAAACUGAUGAUUAUUCAUUCAUUGUUAAUUUCUUGUGACUCACAAGAGCUGCUGCUGUCUUUGGGUGAGACGUUUUAUAACUAGUUUACAUGCUUUGAGAACAUUUAAUCUUCAACAACUGCUUUAAGAUUUAUUUAAUACUCAAGAUGAAAGAAAAUUCAGAUAAUGCCACAGAAUCCUGCUUGAAGCUUCAGUUUUGGUUGAAGGCAUUAUGAUUGAUAAUCCAAGAGUAUCAAAUGAAUUCUUAUUUCUAACAUUAAGUUUGAAUUGAAAUCUUGGUUUGGGCAGACUUUUUUUCUUUAAAAAUUACAAGUAUAAUCUAAGACAUCAGAUUAAAUAAUAAUUGCACUGUGCAGGCUUUUAAAAAACCAACACUGUGAGAAUAAAGUUCUAGUAAUGAAAUCUUUUACUGAUUUAAAAAGUGCAGGAAGAUUUUGAGUAAAUUAAGUUUCUGGCAAGCUACUAGCUUUAUUUUUGUCAAAGUUAUGCAAGUUGGUAGUUAAAAGGGCUACACAUGGCCUGUAUUCUUUUAAUAAAAUAAAAUAUUACUUUUACAAUGAAACAAAAAAAAAAGUUUAAAACUUUAAAUAUAAUACCAAUAUCCUUUUGGGAAAUGUUUGAUUUUUUUUCAUUGCACUUGUCUGCUCAGCAUUUCUUUGGUAAAUCUUAGAAGUAAUUCUAACGUUCUUUGAUUUCCAGUUUUUAGAAUGGGUGUCCAGUGCUCUGUCUGUAUUCAUUGGUUACAGUCAGGGUAACUUUCCCAGCCCAAGGUAAACACUUUCAUGGUCGGAAAUGUUUUUUUUUGUUUAUAUGAACAUGAUGUACAGAAUUAUGGAUAAUAGAUUAAAGGCAUUUAAUAUUCAUAAUUCAUACUAACUGUAGAAAUGGCCCUAAAGCAUGCUGCAUAAUUAAUAAUUUAUAUUUUCAAACUUUUCAUUGUAAAUGGUUUUAAUGAUCGUGUAUUUGAUUAUAUCAAAUUAGUCAGCAUUUCAUAGCAACAGAAUUUUUUUCCUUUCUACUCUAAAAUCUCCUCCUUUAAUUGAUAGAAGUUGUAAUUAGAAGAGAAUCAAAUAUCGCUUCAUUGUCCCCACACACGUAAAUUAAUUUUUAAUUAAUACUAGAUAAAGUUCAUAAACUUACUUCCUGCAUACCUACAAUUGAGAAGAAAAUUACAGAUUAUUAUUUUGCCUUUAGUUAAAAAAUAAUGUCACUGCAGCCUGGACAAAUUACAAUAAAGUCACAUAUUUGAAAUAAAAUCUCUGAAAAGAUUUAAGCAUAUUUAAGUGGUAUUAAACUCCAGAGCUACAGAGCUUGAGUGUAUUCACACUUAUGUUAAUAUAUACAUUUGGAUAAUGCUAUUCCUUGCUAACAUAUUGGUGUUAGUUUUUUUUAUUGUUUCCAGAUAUACUAGAAUUUAAAAAUUAAUGUGAGUAUUUGUUAAAUUCACAGAAAACCUAGUGAUGUUCAAAUUCUCAGGAAUUAAGGACUAACCAUAAUAUUGUCAGUUCUAAUUAGAUUUUGUAAAAGAUGGCAAGUUUGUUACCUGUCUUGUGUGCCCCCUUAUCCCCUUUCUAAGAAUAGAAUGCAAUAUGUAUAAACAUCAAUAAAUGUAAUUUCAGAAAUGUU